AUGCGCGCAGCAAUCAGCCACAAGUUUGGGCGUGAUUUCGGAUUUGGAGACCAGCCAUGGGGCCGAAACGCAGCUACUGGCCAAUACAGCGGGAAUCCAUCCCUGUCUGUCACUGUUUCGCAGUAUAUGGUCAGCUUGCAGCGGCGAAAGGUCCGUGCUGGAGAAGACGUGACGAGCGCGCGUGCAAUCACCCAUGAGACGAUGAAAAAGUUAUAUGAAUACAACGUUAACUUCGCAAGUGAUGGUACUCGGGCAACAACAUCGCGCAAACGCAAGGCAGAGCAUCCAGAGCAAUGGGCAGGGUAUCGGGUCCGUCGGAUGCUACACCUCCUCUAUGUUGUUUCGAUGUUAUGCUUGUUACGAGUCGAAGAGGCACUCAGGAUAAUGUGGACGGAUAUACGGAUGUUUGUCACUGACAAGGACAAGCUUCAUUGCGUCCAGUUAGACUUACCGUUCCGGAAACAAGCCCAGAAUGGAGGCAUUGCACCGUUUUUCCUGUACGCAAAUGCGCAAGAGCCUCACUUAUGCCCCAUCAGAGCAUUCGCGGAGUGGUGGUCGAUUUCCAAGGCUAUGAAGAUAGAGUCUGCAGGCUAUAUCUUCCGCAAGCGCGUUGGGAACGACGACGUCAGUGCCAGAGCCUCAGACAGCAUGUCCUACGAGAGCUUCGUCGAGUGCUUUAAGAACAAUCUCCUCGAUGUCUCCAUUGACCCGCGGCCUUACGGAACCCAUUCAUUCCGCCGGGGAGGUUGUCAGUACCUCGCAAUGGUCAAACGAUGGCCUAUUCGUGAUAUCUGCACCUGGGGCGGCUGGGCAGAGAAUUUUGACAGUGCCGGCACAAUUUUCAAGUAUCUGCUGUCUUCGGUGGAUGCACCUCUCUUAGAUAGACAGGAUUACUUCAACCCAAAAAGGGCCGCAAGCGAUCCUUGCAAUCAGUGUGGACGAACAUGUACUUGCGCUUAG